AUGGCCUGCAGGGUGCAGUGUGCGAAGAUGGGGGCCUGGAAUGGGUGCAGCACAGACGUUGACUUAGUGGAACAGUUCCAUGGAAUGGUCAGCAAGAGACAUGGACGGGAGCUCAAUGGUUACAGAAAUAGCGCCAGGCAUCAUAUGUGCUGGAUUUGUAUAGAUGGUGGGUCUUUUGUUCCAAAGGAAAUGGUUUUUAGGUACAUGUGUACUGAGCGUCCCAUCUAUCAUACGGUGCGUUUCAUCAUUAACUGGCUACAAACUAUUGACCAAGUUAUUAACAACAAACUGUUUUUUAUGUUUUUCUGGCCUCUUCAUAUUUUCUGUAUUUGUCGAUAUAUUCUCGUUACUGUAAAGACACCGACCGAAAGCUCUUAUGUUUCACCUUUCUGUCUGCCCUUUCUCCUACUGUACUCUUCUUCAUCAAAAUCCACUAAAAUCACGUGA